CCAAUUUCUUUAAGUCUUCAAAAACUUAAAGAUAUAUUGGAUGUAAAUAAGCCGAUGGAUACAGAUUGUUUUAACAUGGCUGUUCGGAUGAUCGCAUGCAAUGAUGCCUUGUUCUUGUUGGAAGACAAAUACCACUACAUGGAUCUACAGUUCUGUGUAAGUUCAAGUAAUUAGUCUUUAUUCAUAUAAGUGUGUUCAUUAUAUAAUUAUUUUACUAACAAAAAGUAGUCCAUAACUAAAUUUGGUCGAGACCCUCGCCUUCGUGCAAAGCCAGAUAUCAACAUGUUGGCAAAAUUAUUAGAAUGUUGGCCUGACAUGGAGUACGAUGUUUCAGAUUGCAAACAAGUAAGCUAUACUCUUCAUCAUUUUUGUAAUCUUGUUUUUUCUCUUACUUGAACUAUUUUUUUAACUUGCAGAUUCUAUUGCCCUUUUCUUUCAUGGGUCACUUCACCUUAUAUGUACUUAACAUGGACACUAGAAGCAUCUAUAUAAUGGACUCCAUGCCUAUACCAUCAUGGUUUAAGGGUGAUCAUCCUAGCAUGCAUUAUAUACAUAAUAUACAUUAUAUUGCCAAUAAUAUGAAUGCUGCCAUGGAAUUGGCCAAUCCUACAUGGAAAGACGAUAUUUAUAUGUGGCGUCGUAUAGUACCAACAUGGGUUCCAAGAACAUUAAACUGGGAUUUAUCUGGCUUUCUUGUUAUCAACUUUAUGCACGAUUGGAAUGGUAUAAGGUUACCCUGCAUUUGCACUAAUGGGAAUGACCUGAGGACCAAAUUCUUAGUAGAAUUAUUGAAGUACAAGGACAAUGAAUCCAAAGACAACAAUCCAGAAGAAAUACAAGAAAUUAUUAGGCACAUCAGAUAGAUAUGAUUUUAUUUGUAAUGAUACUCAACUUAUUAUCCUAAUUAAUUUUAUUGCCUUUUAGGUUCGUAGUAUCGUUAGGAACAUUUGCCAACAUAUAUUUUAGUUAUAUGUUGCAAAUAUGAAGGCAGUUCAGAUUUCUGUACUUUCAAAGAUGCAUUGGUGUUUUAGAAGCUUCAGCUUAUCCUACUGUAGUAUUGUGCUUAAAAGACUCCUAUGGGUUUCCAUCUUUUUA